AUGUUAUUCUAUCUACCCUCCAGAGAGCAGAUGAAGAAACACAGCCAUGUGUUCACAGGCGUGAAAAAUCAGACUCUCAAGAAGAAGCUUCAUGAAGAUCUGUUGUACAUCUUCACCGCACUUGAGCAAAAAGUGAUAGAAUUUAUGAAGCAUGAGUUGGAAAUGUUUAAGAAAUUUCUUAAAAAAGGAAACAUGAAAUGCUAUGACAAGGCAGCAGACGACAGCAACAGCGCCAGAGAGGGGGCUCUGAACAUCACACUGCACUUCCUGAGGAAGAUGAACCAGAAUGAUCUUGCAGAUACUCUGGAGAAAUGUAAGAAAUUUAUCUAAUAUCUUAAAUCAAAUCUGAAGAAGAAGUAUGAAUGUGUACUUGAAGGAAUAGUAAAGCAGGGGAAUUCUAAACUCUUGGAAAAGAUUUACACAGACCUCUACAUCACAGAGGGUGGAAGUGAUGCAGUCAAUAAAGAGCAUGAAGUGAGACAGAUUGAGAAAGCAUCUGGGAGUCUAGAAACAGAAGAGAAACUGAUUGAGUGCAACAAUAUCUUCAAACCAUUACUUGGACAACACAAACCCAUUAGAACUGUGCUUACAAAGGGAGUCGCUGGCAUUGGAAAAUCAAUCUCUGUGCAGAAGUUCAUUCUGGACUGGGCAAAAAGAAAUGCAAACCAAGACAUUGAGUUGAUUUUUCCACUUCCUUUCCGGGAGCUGAACCUGAAGGUCGAAAGAUACAGUUUAAUGGACAUUCUUCAUCAUUUUUUCCCCGAGACAAGAGGAUUAGUAUUUAACAAAAAUAUGAAGUACAAACUCCUGUUUGUCUUUGAUGGUCUGGAUGAAUACCAACAUCCUCUGGAGUUCAAGAAAAAUGAGACAUGGUCUGAUGUAACCAAACCGACCUCAGUGAAUGUUCUUCUAACGAACCUUAUCAAGGGAAGUCUGCUUCCCUCUGCUCUCAUAUGGAUAACUACCAGACCAGCAGCAGCCGGUCGCAUCCCUCCAGACUGUAUUGACCAGGUGGCCGAGAUACGCGGGUUUAAUGAUGAACAGAAAGAGGAGUACUUCAGAAAGAGAAUCACUGAUAAGAAACUGGCUGACAGAGUCAUCUCACACAUGAAGAAAUCACGGAGCCUCUACAUCAUGUGCCACAUCCCAGUCUUUUGUUGGAUCUCAGCCACUGUUCUUGAAAGAAUAUUGGGAGGAACAGACAGUACAGAUAAACAACAAACCCUAAAGACACUGACACAAAUGUACUCAUACUUUCUGAUCUUUCAGACCAGACAGAAGACUGAGAAGUAUGGGGAGACAGAAUUCUUGGAAACAGUGUGGGAUGAAAAGGGUAUUAUGGCAAUGGGAAAGCUAGCCUUUCAGAACUUGUUGAAAAACAAUCUGAUCUUCUAUGCACAUGACCUGAAAGAAUGUGGCCUUGAUGUCACUGAUGCAGCUGUGUACUCAGGAAUGUGCACACAGAUCUUUAAAGAGGACUCUGGGGUGUUUCUUGGCACUGUGUUCUGCUUUGUGCAUCUGAGUAUUCAGGAGUUUAUUGCUGCUUUAUAUGCACACAUUUCUAUCAACAAUCAGCAAAAAAAUGUUUUUGUCGACCAGGACACAUCGCUAGAGAAUGAAAGUCAUACAGUGAUUGGAUUGCUCAGGGCUGCAGUGGAUAAGGCUUUAGAGAGUGAGAGUGGACACCUUGACCUUUUUCUCCGCUUCCUUCUGGGUCUCUCACUGGAGUCCAAUCAGAGGCUCUUACACGGUUUACUGACACAGACAGGAAGCAGCACAGAGAGCAAAGAGGAAAUAGUCAGCUACAUCAAAGAGAAGUUCAAAGAGAAUCCUUCUGCAGAGAGAUCCAUCAAUCUGUUCCACUGUCUGAAUGAACUAAAUGACAAAUCUCUAGUGGAGGAGAUCCAAAACCACCUGAGCUCUGGAAGUCUCUCCAGUGCCCAGCUCUCACCUGCUCAGUGGUCAGCUCUGGUCUUUGUAUUGCUGACAUCAGAGGAGCAGAUGGAGGUGUUUGAUCUGAAAAAGUUCAUCAGGUCAGAUGAAUGUCUUAAGAGACUCCUGCCAGUGGUCAAAGCAGCCACAAAAGCUUUGUUGUCUGGCUGUGAAUUAACAGAGGAGAGCUGUUCAGCCCUAGCCACAGUUCUCAGAUCAGAUCAGUCCACUCUGAGAGAACUGGAUCUGAGCAACAAUAAAAUACAGGAUUCAGGAGUGAAGCAGCUGUCCGCUGGACUGGAGAAUUCACAGUGUAAACUGGAGAAACUGAAUGUGAAGUGUUGUGAUCUGACUGAGGACAGUUGUUCAGCUCUAGUCCCAGUUCUCAGAUCAGACUCAUCCAGUCUGAGAGAACUGGACCUGAGUCACAAUAAACUGUCAGAUUCAGGAGUUAAGCGCCUGUCUGCUGGACUGGAGAAUUCACAGUGUAAACUGGAGAUACUGCGGCUAAAUAAUAAUGGUCUAACUGAGCAAAGCUGCUCAGUUCUAGCUGAGAUCCUCAGCUCAGGAUCUUCUAAUCUCACCCAUCUGGAACUGAGUCACAAUAAGCUACAAAAUUCUGGAGUGAAGCAGCUGUCAGCUGGGCUGGAGAAUCCUCACUGUAAACUGGAGAUACUGAGGCUUAAUGACAGCGGUAUAACAGAAAAAAGCUGUGCUGCUCUGACUUCAGCUCUGACAUCAAACCCCUCACACCUGAUAGAGCUGAAUCUGAGUGGGAAUAAACUAGGAGACUCAGGAGUGAAGCACAUCUCUGCUCUACUGAGGAAUCCACACUGUAAACUCCAGAGACUGCUACUGGACGACUGUGAUCUAACAAAGGAGAGCUGUUUAACUCUUACCACAGUCCUCAGCUCAAACUCAUCCAGUCUGAGAGAGCUGGACCUGAGCAAGAAUAAAAUACAAGAUUCAGGAGUGCAGUUUCUUGCUUCCCAACUGAAAAAUCCACAAUGUAAACUGGAGACCCUGAGGCUUAAUAACAGCAGCAUCACAGAAGAAGGCUGUGAUGCGCUGAUUUCAGCUCUCACAUCAAACCCCUCACACCUGAUAGAGCUGAAUCUGAGUGGGAAUAAACUAGGAGACUCAGGAGUGAAGCACAUCUCAGCUCUACUGGAGAAUCUAAACUGUAAACUGGAGAGACUGGAACUUUCAGACUGUAGUAUAACAGGAGAAGGAUAUUCUGCUCUGGCCUCAGCUCUGAAAUCAAAUCCCUCACACCUGGUAGAGCUGGAUUUGAGAGGAAAUGACCCUGGAGACUCUGGAGCAAAACUUCUCAUUGAUUUCUAUAAUUUACUUAAUGAUCCAAAAUGUAAACUUAAGACAUUGAGGUUGUUGAAGAGUGAUGCUGCAGAGAAAGCCUGUGAUUAUCUGACUAAAGUCCUAGGUAAAAACCCCUUACUCCUGACAGAGCUGGAUCUGAGUGAGAAGAAACCAGGAGACUCAGGAGUGAAGCAGUUCUGUGCUCUACUGGAGGAUUCACACUGCACAAUGAAGAAAUUGAAACUUUCAGACUGCAGUAUGACAGGAGAAGGAUAUGCUGCUCUGGCUUCAGCUCUGAAAUCAAAUCCCUCACAUCUGGUAGAGCUGGACCUGAGGGGGAAUGACCCUGGAGACUCUGGAGUGGAGCUGCUCACUCAAUUCUACAGUUUACUUAAUGACAAAAAAUAUAAACUUCAUACCCUGAGGUUGUUGAAGAGUGAUGUUGCAGAGAAAGCAUGUGAGUAUCUGACUAAAGUUCUAGGAAAAAACCCCUUACUCCUGAAAGAGCUGGAUCUGAGUGAGAAGAAACUAGGAGUCUCAGGAGUGAAGCAGUUCUCUCCUCUACUGGAGGAUUCACACUGCAAAGUGAAGACACUUAAGAUGAAUAAGUGUGGUCUAACUGAGCAACACUGCUUGGUUCUAGCUGAGAUCCUCAGCUCAGGGUCUUCUAAUCUCACCCAUCUGGACCUGAGUCACAAUAAGCUACAAGAUUCUGGAGUGAAGCGACUGUCUGCUGGGCUGAAGAAUCCUCACUGUAAACUAGAGAUACUGAGGCUUAAUGACAGCAGUAUAACAGAAGAAGGCUGUGCUGCUCUGAUUUCAGCUCUGACAUCAAACCCCUCACACCUGAUAGAGCUGAAUCUGAGUGGGAAUAAACUAGGAGACUCAGGAGUGAAACAGAUUUCUGUUCUUCUAGAGAACCCACACUGUAAACUGCUGAGACUGGAACUUUCAGACUGUAGUAUAACAGGAGAAGGAUAUGCUGCUCUGGCCUCAGCUCUGAAAUCAAACCCCUCACACCUGAUAGAGCUGGACCUGAGAGGGAAUGACCCUGGAGACUCAGCAGUGAAGCUGCUCACUGAUUUACUAAAUUUAUGUGAUGAUCCAAAUUGUAAACUGAAGACACUGAGACUUAAUAACAGUGGUAUAACAGAAGAUGGCUGUGCUGCUCUGACUUCAGCUCUGACAUUAAACCCCUCACACCUGAUAGAGCUGAAUCUGAGUGGGAAUAAACUAGGGGACUCAGGAGUGAAGUACGUCUCUGAUCUACUAGAAAACCCACUCAAUAAACUGCAGAAACUGCUGCUUUCAGACUGUAGUAUAACAGGAGAUGGAUAUGCUGCUCUGGCCUCAGCUCUGAGAUCAAACCACUCACACCUGAUAGAGCUGGAUCUGAGAGGGAAUGACCCUGGAGACUCAGGAGUGAAGCUGCUCACUGAUUUACAGAAGGACGCAAAAUGUAAACUGAAGAUACUAAGUUUGUUGAAGAGUGAUGCUGCAGAGAAAGCCUGUGAUUAUCUGACUGAAGUUCUAGGUCAAAACCCUUUACUCCUGACAGAGCUGGAUCUGAGUGAGAAGAAACCAGGAGACUCAGGAGUGAAGCAGUUCUGUGCUCUACUGGAGGAUUCACACUGCAAACUGAAGACACUUAAGUUGUCUGACUGUGAAUUAACAGAGGAGAGUUGUUCAGCUCUAAACACAGUUCUCAGAUCAGAUCAGUCCACUCUGAGAGAACUGGAUCUGAGCAACAAUAAAAUACAGGAUUCAGGAGUGAAGCAGCUGUUUGCUGGACUGGAGAAUUCACAGUGUAAACUGGAGAUACUGCGACUUUCAGACUGUGGUAUAACAGGAGAAGGAUACGCUGCUCUGGCUUCAGCUUUGAAAUCAAAGCCCUCACACCUGAUAGAGCUGGAUCUGAGAGGGAACGACCCUGGAGACUCAGGAGUGAAAAUGCUGACUGAUUUACAGAAGGAUCCAAAAUGUAAACUUGAGACAUUGAGGUUAUUGAAGACUGAUGCUGCAGAGAAAGCCGGCGCUUAUCUGACUUCAGUGCUAGGUAAAAACCCCUUACUCCUGAAAGAGCUGGAUCUGAGUGAGAAGAAACUAGGAGACUCAGGAGUGAAGCAGUUCUGUGCUCUACUGGAGGAUUCACACUGCAAAGUGAAGAAACUUAAGCUUAAUUACAGCAAUAUAACAGAAGAAGGCUGUGCUGCUCUAACUUCAGCUCUGACAUCACACCCCUCACACCUGAUAGAGCUGAAUCUGAGUGGGAAUAAACUAGGAGACUCAGGAGUGAAGCGCAUCUCUGAGCUACUACAGAAUCCACACUGUAAACUCCAGAGACUGCUGCUUGAAAACAACAGUGUGACAGAACAAGGCUGUGUCGCUCUUGCCUCAGCUCUGACAUCAAACCCCUCACACAUGACAGAGAUGAAUCUGAGUGGGAAUAAACUAGGAGACUCAGGAGUGAAGCACAUCUGCACUCUUCUGAAAAAUCCAAACUGUAACCUACAGAAACUGCUGCUUAAUGACAGCAGUAUAACAGAAGAAGGCUGUGCUGCUCUGACUUCAGCUCUGACAUCAAACCCCUCACACCUGAUAGAGCUGAAUCUGAGUGGGAAUAAACUAGGAGACUCAGGAGUGAAGCACAUCUCUGCUCUACUGAAACAACCUAACUUUAAACUCCAGAGACUGCUGCUUAAUGACAGCAGUAUAACAGAAGAAGGCUGUGCUGCUCUGAAUUCAGCUCUGACAUCAAACCCCUCACACCUGAUAGAGCUGAAUCUGAGUGGGAAUAAACUAGGAGACUCAGGAGUGAAGCGCAUCUCUGAGCUACUACAGAAUCCACACUGUAAACUCCAG